UUGAGCAUGGAUGUGGUUACUUGAUUAUGAACAACUGAAGAUGCAUGGAAAGAGACUCGUAAGCUCCUGGAUAUCCUGACAGAGACUGUAAGAGGUAAAAUGUAAUCCUCUGCUUUUGAUCUAAUUUUUUGAAUUUCUUAGGAUAGCUACACAAAGACGGCUAUUUGCUAGGCCAAAUUUCUGCAUGUCCAAUCAAAUGCAUUGGUUCUUUUUUCCUGACAAGUAACGCUCUUCGAAUUCGAAGUAACGAAAAGUUCGUAUACAAUAUAGGAAAAAAGUAUUAAUUAAACCCAUAAUUAAUUCACAAAGGGGAAAAAAAGUAGAAAAAUUCGAAAAUUUGUCCUGACUUUUCGGCUACAAUAUUUGUACAGAAUAUAUUCCCUUCCUAACUAUUUUUGUGUAAAAAAAACUUCUUAACUAUUUUCAUAAAUGUGUUCCCUCUGUUAGCAAACCAUGGCGGAGGAGGAGAAUAAGCAAAAAGCAACAAAGGGGCGGCAGAAGAUAGCCAUAAGGAAAAUAGAGAACAAGAGCCACCGUCAGGUCACGUUCUCUAAGCGCAGGAAUGGUCUGGUCAUGAAAGCCAAUGAGGUCAGCCUCAGUGGAGCUCAUGUGGCAGUCAUCGCCUUCUCCCCUGGCGGGAAGGUUUUCUCCUUUGGCUACCCUGACACCGACUCUGUCGUUAGACCCUACAUGGGAGAAGAAAGUUGGGAGCUUCAGGAUUGUCCUGUGUCAGGUUCCUCCGUUUUCCAUACUCAUCAGCAACCGAGAGAAGAGUAUGAGGAGUUGCUGAUCAGGUUUCAGGUCGAGAAGAUGCAUACUGCCAAGCCAAUGGAGGAGCAGGUGAAGCGAGGGCAGAAUGGAGGGGGGUUCUGGUGGGAGGAGGAGAGGGUGGAAGAGCUGGGGGCUUUCGUGAAAGCUGUUGAGAAGCUAAGGGAGAAUGUGAUCGGUAAGGUGAACAUGGACUAGAUGAUCAAAGUUUGUGUUUGAAGUUUUUCUGUUGUCUUGAUUGGUAUUCUUGGCUCAGAUGUGAAUAAUCUUGGAAUGGAAAUAUGCGUAAUUGCAAGGGCGCAGAUAUGCACUGCCUUGGGUUUGAAGUAACUGUUUGUUGUGUUUGAAUUUUGAAAGGGAAGGGGGAUGAGAAGUGUCGACCAGUUGGAGUACUCAAUUGGGUUGAGGUUUCUAAGUAGGUUUUCAAACAGACCGUACCUCUUGGUUAGGUUAGGAUACACCGCAUCCACCGUUCUUAUUGGCACUAUGAUGUUGCAGCGGUAGAUCGGAUAAGGGCUCUUGUGCAGUGAGUUCAAGUCCCUUGUUGUCCCUGAUUGAGUCAUAAACUCAUAAUCGUUGU